GACGAUCGGUGAGGCGGGAAAGCGCGCGGGACGCCAUGUGACGGACGGGUCGUCUGGGAAUGACGUCAGAGCCGGGCGUGCAGCGCGGGAGAUAAUCCGGAGAUGAGCGGCGAGGAGCAAAACACCCUGACAGUCAGCUACAGCGGGCGGGUGCUGGCUGCUCUGCGGAGGGACGACAACACCGUCCGGCCGCGCCUGGACACGCGGUUCCUCUACACCCGGAGCUUUCCGGGCUUGUAUCCGGAAAACCCGGCUCCGGUCCGGAGCGGCAUGCCGCGCCACGUCGGCGCACGGGUCAAGAGACAACAGCCCGCUAGCCUGCCUUCUUUGGAAGUAGCGCUUAGUAAGAAGAUAUCCUCGCCACGUCUUGACAACACGAGAGUGGGCGAAGACAGUAGACUGAAGACGUCACACGGUAAUCCCGGGAAGAUGCAGAGAGAAGACUUUCUGCCUUCCUGGAAAGAACGUCGCGAUAAACUGAAACCGACUAGAACGACCGGAGGGCAGACGGAGCUGGAGAAAAACCCUUCCAACGAUGAAACAGCGGAACAACAAGACAGCGCCAAUCCGAACAGCACUGCAGCAAAGACAAGAGAGACCCGCUACAACCAGCUGCCGGGUCUGUCUACAAAAAUUGAGGUAACGCUGCCGACUUUUCAGCCUGGUUCGGGAGGCGCAAGCUCGCCGUCAGUUCUCUCACCUCUGUCGCCACACGGUAAGGUGCAUCUAGCGGGUCCCAUGAACAAGAUGGACAAAAUUGUCGAGUACAGCACGCAACUGAAGGAAGGAGUGAUAGACUAUGACAUGUACAUGACCAAACUCGCCCUCUUGUCGCUACAGACUCAGAUACGCGACGUCCCUCGGAGAUCGGCUUCGAAAGGUCCUAAGGGCGAACUGCGCAUCUCAAAAGUGAACAUAGAAGACGCGAUUGACCAUAUAUCUGCCGGACCUUUAGUCCGAUCGGACGCCCCGGUCCCGGACAAUCCCGAACCUUUGUUGUACAGAAAACUGACCACAACGAGACCGACCAUUCCGCAUAGCACCAGAGUAAUAGUCGGACAUACACUGACCAGAAGGCGGGGAGCGGACAGAUCAAGGUAUCCCCGUGCGCCUUUUCCUAUGUAUGAUUGGAACCUACACCAAGCAGAGACGCUACUGAAAAGAAAUUUCGGAUUUUACAACUAUAACAACGCCACUCCAGCUACAAGAAAGCCGCCAUCGAGGGAUGUGUUACGUCCUCUCGAAAAACCGCCGGUCGAGAUCCGACCAAAAACGUUCCGUUUGCCGUCAUUCGGGCGUAUUCCGACCGCGAGUAGGGAAGGCUCGGUCGACCCGCGAGCGGCCUUGUCCUCAAGAGGGAAGCUCCCCACCCCGGCCGGUAGCGACGUGUUCCAGGGACACUUGAAAAACGUCUACGCGAGCAUCGAGAAAGCAAAAGGCGCACAAGAAGAAGAAAACGGCAACGAAACGCCGAUCCCAAUCGUUCUUUCACCCGCUACGGAAGACACGAAGCCGGACCAGGAUAUGCCCGGCAGCGCCGGACGGCCGGACUUGCUUCAGCUGCCCUCCUCGCUAGCCCCACCCUUAGAGGUAUCGCUUCCCACGGGGGUUACUGUACCGGCAUUGGGACUUAACGUGCCCGGUACGCCACCCUUAGCCGUACCGGGGUCGCCUCCACCAAGAAGCGGGCCUAAACUGGACCCUAACGGUGACAAUUCGCUCAUGGUGGUCCCGGUACCCAGUGCCGGAGAGAAAACUGUAAGUUUUAGCGCCAAAUUAGAGGUUUUUAUGCCGGAAUCGCCCGAUAGUGAAGCUACAACUGAUAUGGAUUUUGUAUAGUACAUUUUGCUUGAAUAUAGCACUUACUAAGCCAUGUUUAUGCCUCUAUCAAAGCCCGAGUUCACGCGAAAAAUCACAAAAGCGUUUUGCACUUUCAACAUGCUUUUAAAUCGGCUCUCGUGUAUAUACUGUUAAUAUAUCUUAAGAGUAAAAAGUACUCUUGAAAAAGCCAUACGAAAAGCGCUGUAGAUUUGUAAAAA